AUGGCGUGGGUUUUUCACGACAGGUUCUUCCUGGUGCUCGCGGAGAGCAUGUACCACACGUCGUUCGCGCCGUUCCUGACGAGCGUGCUGUCGUUUCCCACGGGGACGGUGGGGUUCCUCCUGUCCUUCAUGGGCAUGGUGGCGGCCCUGACGAACGCGUUUCUCGUGGGGGCGCUGACGAAAAGGUUCGGGGAGAGGCCGCUCCUGGCGUCGUCGCUCGUGGUCUUGGCGGGCGGGUGGGUGAUGUGGUCCACCAUCAGCGGCAGUCUCCCGGCGAUCGUGGUGUCGCUGACGCUGGCCGGCGUCGGCGGCAACGUGUUCCAGACCGUCAACAAGGAUUCCGUGGCGCAGCACGCGCCACCGGAGCUCGUGGGCACUGUCAUGGGGAUGUCGGGGUUUGCGGAGUCGGCCCGCGGAGGCGAUGACGCUGGGGGGGAGAAGGGGCCCGGGCUUCACAACAGAGGGAGCAGGAGCUACACCAAGAUAAAGUAG